AUGGCUUUCCAUUCUAUUAUUGAAAAGAUCCUAUCGGCUCCCGUGGGAUCCGACCGAAGUUAUUUAAGUUCACAAUCGUCCACUAACUCGGAUGAUAAUAUAAGUGCCAACUCUGAAGCUGUGGACAUAUAUAAUACCAGUUCUUUCAGGUCAAAUGAGCAAUCAACGGAGGAUAUUUUAAUUUAUCCGACACUGUCUUCGUCUUUGGUUCAUACGUCACGGAAAAAUUCUAGUGAGAGUACUGCCCCACCUUCUAAAGAGCAGGAGGGGUCUUCAAAAAAAGCCGAGUCACGUGACAUUCAAAGAGUAUUAUCUAAAUUACCUGGGUGUACGCGAACACGUUCAAAUGUGCCCUCUAACCAUCUUCAUGAUUACGAUGACAUACCAUACAGCCACAAGAAGAUAGUCGUAAAUAAUAGGAAAGUCAAAUUAACCAUUGCGCUACUAAACAAAACAAUUUUUUUGGAUGGUAACAAACAGAAACAGAUCCCAAUUAGAGGUUGUCUCAUCCUAAAUGUCAAGAAACCUACGAAGAUACAUAAGAUUGAGCUUCAGCUGCAAGGGGUUUCAUCUAUUUGUUUUUACUAUAAGGGUAGUCCACUAAUUCAAUCAGAAAAAACACAGGAAUUCACUUUUUUAAAAGAUGUUCGAGAAUGGUACAAUUUUAAUCCUAAUGAUGAUCAAUUGAGAGGGGAACGAUGGGAUUCUUCUGACACUUUUUCUAAAGGUUCUUAUAAAUUUCCAUUUAUGUUUACUGCCAAUGGAAAUGCUCCACAAUCUACAUACAAUUCGUUUGGUUCCGUGACAUACAGACUCGAAGCAAAAUUAUUGACUCCAAAGAAGCAUACGCAUCAUUUAAAAAUUGUUUCUGGUAGAUUGACCCUUGAUUUUGUUCAAUGCACUUUGAAGGUUGACGAGUCGGAUCUUGGUCAUUUACAGAAUACCAACUACGUUUCAACGGCAAAUUGGAGAAAUUUGCUAUGCUAUUCAGUAUCGAUCAGCGGUCCAACCAAUUUUGCUAUAGGAAGUAAGUUGAAUGUUACAGUGAGGAUUCUUCCCAUUAUUAGAAGUCGGUAUAAAAUACAUCAGAUCCGGAUUUUCAUGGUUCAAAAGCUGUGUUAUGAUUCUAUCCCAAGCAAUAAAUCCCAUUAUGCAGAUAUAAUACAGACAGAAAAACUUCCUCUGCUGCUAGUUAACGUCCGGAAUGACCAUGGUUCUGGUCACAAAAGUUAUUCGGGAAAAUUUGAGAUUCUUAUUGAUAGUGAAUAUUAUAACGCUUGUUCUAAUGAGAGAUUUGUGAUAUACCCUUCUACGAGUUCAACAGAGAGGCAUAUGUGCCAUUUUAAAGUUCGUCAUGAAUUUAUAGUGGGGAUAGUUGUCCAGGAAAUUGAGAAAGAAAAGAGCAAGGGAAACGACAUUAAAGUUCAAAGUUCAAAGAAUAAUCUUUCAAGUGACAUAAAUUUAAAAAAGUCAAUGAUUAAUAGCAAAAACAUAGAAAAUGAAGAGGAUCAUUUCAUUAGAAGUACCGCUGCUUUAAUCGGAGAACCAAAGGCGGAUAAGGAUAGGUUCAGUCGGGUUGAACUUUUGGUAACCAAAAAUCUUCACAUAUUGAGAUCGGAAAGUCGGAUUGGGAAUGAACCACCUCCAUCUUAUCUGGAUACCAAAAAAUUUGCAAAGGUUUCGGAGGGCAGUCACAUACAUUUGCCCUCCUAUGAGGAACACGCAAUGGCGUCGCACAUACUUCCACCUACAUAUGCAUAG